AUGAGCGGUCUCAAGAAUCUCUUCCUGGUGGCUUUUCCCACUAAGCAGAAGCCAGCACAAGAUGUCGAACAUGCCCCAACACACCAUGGCAAUCUGGAGCCACCAUCAAAUCUCUCGUCUGUUCCAACACAUGAUGAUUUCAGCCGCCCCGACCUUGAUCCUAGCGACAGCCUGAACAUGUUCCGUCAUCUCACGGACAUCCUUUCACAUACUUCAAUGGCUCAUAGCGACGGCACAUUAGCAUCAGGACGUCGUCCCGCGGCGAAUCUGGGAAUUACUACGCGCGCGUCUGCUGUAGAAAGCGUCGCUACUGGCGUGGAGGAGUAUAGAGACCGAGCCGAGCGGAUGGAACAUAUGUUUGGCGACAAAGUGAAGGAUCUGGCUACCGAGAUUGGCCAGAGGGCGCGUAUGGCGGAACAGGUUGUCCACGAUACGGAAGCGAGGGAGCGCGUCGCGGUGGAUGGCGCUGUUAAGGAGGCUAAAGAGCAGUUAGAACGGCUUGAGGAGUCUGCGAGGAGAAAGCUUGGGAGACCGCUUACUAUCAAUGUGUCGCAUACAGGACGGGGCUCAAUCUAG